AUGUUGGAGGGAACGCGCAGCUAUAUUUGGGCGCAGCUCAAGGCUGCGAGACCCUCAUUCCUCUCGAAGAAGCCCCAUUUCGACUUCAUCUCGGCUCACUACUUUUGGAUCAUUGGCGCCACCAUCGUCGCCUCCAUUGCCAUAUAUGGCUCCGGUAGGGGCAGCCUAGCCUACAUCGAUGCUCUCAUGUUUGCCAGCGGAGCCAAUACCCAAGCCGGCCUGAAUCCCGUCGACGUCAACAAGCUCAACGGAUUCCAGCAGGGCAUGAUCUACACCUUUGCCAUGCUCUCCAACCCCAUCACCCUACAUGCCUGCGUCGUCUUCCUCCGCCUCUACUGGUUCGAGAAGCGCUUCCAGAGCUGGGUCCGGGAGGUGCGCCACCGACGUCCCACCUUUACCAAGUCCAAGUCCCAGGCCCGCGGGGACGUGGAGCGGGCGCCGCCCGCCCAGGGGGUCAAUGGCCGAAACAUCACCGUCAUGCCGCAGAAUGGCCGCGUUCCGAGGCUCACCAACGACGGCAUCCUGCUCGACGACGCCGCCGGAGCGAGCACCGUCGCGCCGCUGCCAAAAAGUGACCAGAGCGAUACGACGACGACGACGGUGACGGACGAGAAGCACGACGCCGCCGGAGCCGGUCCCUUGGACUAUUCCGUCCGAGGCGCCCUGCAGGAUGAGCAGGUGCUCGAGGGGAAAGCCGUCGACGACGACAACGGCAACAACGUGGGCCAGGUGGCCAUCUCCUUCGCCGACACCGUCAAGCGGAGCGACGGCAUGGGCGAGGACAUGCUCAAGAUGCCUCAGCACCGAUCCCACGCCGAGCACAUCGCCAUUCUCGAGCGCCAACGCCAGGACGACAACGAAGUGCUUCGCAUCCCCGGACCCCGAGAUGCGGAACGAGGCUUGGUGCCCAGACGGCUCGGUGCCGAUGAUGCCAAGGACGACGACGACAUAACCGUUGGCAGGAUUAGGACGGGCGACUCGCAGAGCAACAUGCCCGGUCGCCACCCGACAAUCACCAUCGCCGAGCCCGAGAAGCGUCGAAAGGAGGAGCAGCCGGACGACGCCAAGCCUGCGACGGGCGGUGGCGCGCUCGACAACCUCCGCUUUCGCAAGCGCCGCAUUUCCAUCUCCGAACAGCGGCCGAAUCACGACGACGACGGUGAGGAUCAUCCGAGGCCCGUCAGGACGCGCACCCUCGACAACAUCAGGUCUGUCCUGUCGCGGGACAAGACCGACGACAUGCCCUACCUCUCCUACACGCCCACCAUGGGCCGAAACUCCAACUUCGUUGGCUUGACCCUCGAGCAGCGCGACGAACUCGGCGGCAUCGAGUACCGGUCGCUCAGGACGCUGGCCAUCAUCCUUCUCGUGUACUUCUGGGGCUUUCAGCUCCUCAUCCUCUCCUGUCUGCUGCCCUACAUCCUGAACAACGACUUUUACGGCAAGAUUGUCGAGGACUCGGGCGCAUCGAGAACCUGGUGGGGUUUCUUCACCUCCAACGUCGCCUUCAUGGAUGUUGGCUUCACCCUCACCUCCGACAGCAUGAUUUCCUUCCAGAGAUCCGAGUUUGUUCUGAUGAUCAUGUGGAUCUUCAUCAUCAUCGGAAACACCGGCUUUCCCGUCAUGCUGCGCUUUCUCAUCUGGGCCUCGGCAAAGUUGGUGCCCAAGGGGUCCGGCCUUUGGGAGGAGCUGCGAUUCCUCCUGGACCACCCUCGUCGGUGCUUCACCCUCCUCUUUCCCUCCGGUCCCAACUGGUGGCUCUUUUGGAUUCUCGUCUUUCUCAACGUCCUCGACCUCGUCUUCUUCCUCGUGCUCGACCUCGGCUCAGAACCCAUCGCCAGGGUUCCUCUGCACAACCGCGUCGUCAUCGGCUUGUUCCAAGCCGCAUCCACAAGGACGGCCGGCUUUUCUGCCGUCAACCUGGCCGAGCUGAACCCCGCGAUGCCCGUUCUGUACAUGAUCAUGAUGUACAUCUCCGUCUUCCCCAUCGCCAUUUCCAUUCGAAGAACCAACGUGUACGAGGAAAAGUCGCUCGGCGUGUACCACGACCCUGGUGUCGACGAGGACCCUGACGCACCGGCCAUGAACUACGUCGGAAGCCAUUUGCGCCGCCAGCUCUCCUUCGACCUGUGGUACGUCUUCCUCGGCUUCUUCAUCCUCACCAUCACCGAGGCUGGCCAGAUCCAGGCGGGAAAGUUCGACUCCUUCGCAGUCCUUUUCGAGGUUGUCAGUGCCUAUGGCACCGUGGGCCUGAGCAUGGGUGCCGUCGGCAUCAACGCGUCGCUCUGCUCCCAAUUCUCCGUCCUCGGCAAGCUAGUCAUCAUCGCCAUGCAGAUCCGUGGCCGGCACCGCGGUCUCCCCUACGGCCUCGACCGUGCCGUCCUCUUGCCCAGUGAAUCCCGCUUCCAGAAGGAGGCUGAAGAGGCCGAGGCAGCCGCCCUUGCCCGCGUCAACUCCGGCAUUUCGAGUGCCACGGCCACAGGCUUGCAACGCCAGGGCACUCGCGCGACCGUUCACAGCAGCAGCAAGGGCCGCGAUCGGGCGAACAGCAACCUCAUAACCCAGUUCCUGCAUCCGGGACCUGUCGUGCAUCGUGAAACGACGACGCACCACAGAACGACCUCGGGCUCGAUCGACUCUCGCAGACUAUCACUGGUGUCGAGGACCAACACGGAUCCUGGUAUUGAGAAUCACACGGACGAGCAGACGGCCGGGUCACCCUCAACGCCCCACAAACCGAAGAAGACACAGACAUUGCCCAUAUUUUAG